UUUGGAUUUCUCGCAGCUUUUCUUUCCUCUCUUUAAUUUUUUUUUUUUUCCUGUAGUUACCGGCUCGCAGGGCCAAAGUUUUAUUCUGUCAAGUUUUAUUAUGUGAAGUUCUAUUCUGUAAAGUUUUGCUCUGUAAAGUUUUCUAUCUACACUUUUAUUAUCUCCACGUUUUUCUCCCGGACUGAAGCCCGCUCCCGGGGCCAGCAGAAGGAGCUGCCCUGCUGUCAGGAUGGAUUUACGGCUUUAAAAGGAGCGGGGGCAGGAAGGAAAAUUCCCCGCAGGAGCCAGAGCUCGCGGCUCAGCCGGCAUGGCUCGGGGAGCCGGACCGUGACCCAGCUCGGCUUUUUGCUCGGAUUUAGGCCGGUUUGGCCAGCAGCAGGCUCGGCUAUGUUGGCCAAGGCGGUAUUUCCACUUUUUCUGUGGCUGCGGUUCGCUGCGGGGCAGGACACACCUGAGCCAGGUCCCCAGCCAUCCGCCUCCAACACAGAGGGCGACCUCCUCUUCCUGCUGGACAGCUCCGCCAGCGUCUCCCACUACGAGUUCUCCAAAGUCAAGGAAUUCAUGUGGGACCUUUUGCACCCUCUCACCUUUGGCCCCAGGGACGUGCAGACCAGCAUCAUCCACAUCAGCACCACUCCCACCAUGGAGUUCCCCUUUGACCAGCACCUGACCAGCGGCUCCCUGCGGAAAGCCAUCGGGGACACGCGGCAGCUGAUGGGCGACACCAACACGGGCAAAGCGCUGUCCUACGCCAAGGAAAAGCUCUUCAGCGGCGAGGCCGGGGCCCGCCCGGACGUGCCCAAGGUGCUGGUGUGGGUGACAGACGGCUUCUCCACGGAUGACAUCUCGGAGCCCAUGCAGCUGCUGAAGGACAGGGGCGUCACCGUGUUCAUCGUCAGCACCGGCCGCGGGAACUUCCUGGAGCUCUCGGCGGCCGCCAGCCAGCCCUCGGACAAACACCUGCACUUCGUGGACGUGGAUGACCUGCCCAUCAUCACCAAGGAGCUCAGGGAUGCCAUCCUAGAUGUCAUCCAAGCCAACCGGCUCCACGCCACCGACGUCACCUCCAGCAGCUUCCGCCUGGUGUGGCCCCAGCUGCUGUCCCAGGACAGCGGCUUCUACAGCCUGCAGUACACCCCCAGCGGGGACCCCGCGGGGACCAGGACACUGCAGGUGUCGGGGGCCCUCAGCAGCCUCGUGCUCACCAACCUGGCACCAGGAACCACCUACGAGGUGGCUCUGAUCCCCGAGUCCAACGUGCACUACUUCCCUGCCCAAAGGACCAGGGUCACCACUCUGCCAGAGGAAAUCAGCCCAGUUCAGGUUCUCAUCUCAGACUCUGGACCUCACAGCUUCCACGUCAGCUGGGCUCCUGUGCUGGACAGCGUGGCCACCUACCAGGUCCUGUACGGGCCGCUCCCAGGGAACUCAGCCAAGGUGCUGCAGGUGGAUGGGAGGCACAACAGCACCCUGGUGGAGCACCUGGCACCCAACACCACCUACCUGGUGACAGUCACUGCCAUCUACAGAUCUGGGAAGGAGAAAUCCCUGUCAGCCAAGGCCUGCACCCAGGAAGAGGGCUCCAGGGUGAGGCACCUGCGCUUCGAGGCCGCGGGUGCCGGCAGCCUGCGAGCCUCGUGGGACUCGGCGGACGGGGCCGUGCUCGGUUACCGGGUGCGCUGCCGGCGGCAGAGCGGCGCCUCCUCCGCGUUCAGCGUGUCCCCGCAGGUGCACAGCGUGCUGCUCAGUGACCUGCCCUCGGGCAGCAGGGGCAGGGUGUGUGUGCAGCCCGUGUACAGCAACCAGCCUGGCAAGAGGCUCUGCCGCACCGUGCUCCGGCAGCCAGCCACAGAGGCCCAAGGAUACCAGCACAGAGAACGUGACAGGCUGCAGUGAGCUGACUCCCAGCAGAGCAAAGGUCUUGAACGGACAAAGAUUUGGACAAAAACAAGGAGAAACCAGGGGAGGAAGAAGCUCAUCUCCCAGGCUGUGCUGUCCCUGGAGGUGUCCUGCUUGUCCAGCCCAAGCUCUGCCAGGGUUUAAAGGCUUGGCCUGGCUGGAUGGAGCAGCCAGUGUGACUAAAAGAUGCCAAAUGUGUCCCCAUGUCGUAGCAACGCGAGUGACAAACGGAGGCGGAGUGGUGGAGCCUCACCAUUGCUUGCUUGCUGCCCAUUCUCUGUUUGCUCAAGGUUGAUCCAGGAUUCCUUUUGCAGCUCAGGAGCACAGCCAGGACUCGGCUGUUCAUCUCAGAGAGAGGUUCCACCUGGCCAAAUCCACUCCUGAGUCCAAUCCAUUCCCUCCAGGGAGCCUGGAAGGAAUGAGAGAGCAGGAAACCCAAAAUCCUGGGAGUGUGCUUCCCUCCAGGAGCAGCUGAGAGCCCAGAAAAGCCAGACAAAACCACCUAAAGCACUUAUUUUUGUUUCUGUGCUCCUGCCUGGAUCAUUGCUCUGGCAUUCCUGCAAACCCUCUUCACCAAACGGGAGUGCUGCUCUCCUCGUGGGGAUUAAUUAGCCUGUUCUGUGACUAAUUACAGGCAAUAAGUCUCCAGCACUGUCAUUCCUCUGAGCUCUGAACACACACAGCACAUCUCUGGUGUCUUGUCUUGGGCUUCCACCCAGUGCUAAGCUUGAGCUACACUUAAAAAUCAAUGUUUUUAAGGCAGAAGAGUAAAUCUGAUUAUUUCCCUUUGCCCCUAAGCUUGAACUCGCUGUCUCUAAGCCACUCUGGAAAGGCGAGCUGAGAAAAAAAAAAAAAUUAAUUAUAAAUACCUAGUGACCAAGCAAAUGGUUUCAAAGUUCAGGGCUUAGGGUUGUAAAGAAAUGUAGAUAUUUCUCUGCUAAACCCCAGCAUCAGUGGGAACACCCUCCCUCAGUAACUCCUGCUCUAUUUUAAAUUUAUUGCUUAUUUGCCCUCCGUGUAGAACUUGGUUUUGAAGCAGUGCUGUUUGUGGGGAGCCCCAUGCAGCCCCACAAACCCUUCCUAAAAAGCUUCAACCAGCUCCUUUUGGAGCUGAGAGGAACUUUUAUUCCUAACUUUGUCUCCUGAGAGCUGAAUCCUUCAUCUCCACCUUUCUGGAGCAUUUUUCCUUGGGCUGCCUUGCUCAGGAGAGGAGGGAGGUGAGUCAUUCAUUAACUCUAUAAAGAGAUUUUUCACGUGAUUUGUGUCCUCCUCUGGAAUGUGUGUUUGUCACUGAUUAAUCUCAGUGCUGAAAGGAUGACAAAGCCCCUGGAACUGCUCAUGCAAUAAAACGAUUUUGUUUCUUCUCGCUGUAGGACAGAAAUUAAGUUUGCACAACUCCCUGCAUAGUUUAUUAAUGCAUUAAUUUUCAUCCCCCCCUCAAGUUGUAACACACCCUUCUGAAGACAAUUAAAUAUAAAUACAAGAGC